AUGCAAAGCAAGAUGUAUCCGUACACUGCUUCAUAUCAAGAGUUUAAUCCUGGGAACCCUCCCCAACCACUGUCGUCAAACUACACGCCGCAGCCGCCAUAUCGACCCCCACCACCAAGACCCCACUACCAGCAUCAGCCUCAUUCGGCGCAGCCAUAUUUAGCUCCUCCUUGCCCAACUCAGCUACCUCAAUCCGGGUUCGCGACGCUGUAUCCGAACGCUCAAUGGACGCCGUUAUUGCAGCCGCUGCACCCUCCACCUAGCUUUGAAAACGGAUGCACCUUCUUAUCCUCCUACACCAUAUCUACCAGUCCAGCUACCUCACCCAGCCCCAUCCCACAGACAGCUCACGUAACAGACAGCCCACCGUCACAAGUCAAGCCAGACCCAGAACCAGAAGUCGAGAUCAGUAUUCCCGCUAAUCUAGAAUCUGGUACCGAAGACGAAACGUUCAACACACCAGACUCUAGUCCCAGAGGUAGCGUCGACUUCAAACAGUCAAUUUCAGCGUUGAAAAUCAUCGUUCCGACCCUUGAGACAGUUACAGACGGCAGUUUGCAUGAGAUAGAAGACCUAGUUGAUCUUCAUCGACGAGCCUGGUCCGAAGCCAAAUCACGCGCUCAAGAAUUUGCCAACAAACAGGCUUCAAUUGCUGGAGUUGAACCAAGAAGAGCCUCCCCGACCAUCCAGUGA